CCGCCGGCUAGUCGGGUCGGCAGGCCGGCAGUAGGCGAACGACCGCGCCAUGUCGGCCAGCGGCAAGAGCGCCGAGCUGCCCGAGCGGCGGCCGCGGCACGACGCUACUGACGACGACGUCGACGACGCGGACAGCGAGAGCGAGAGCGAGGGGGAGGAGGAGGGGGAGUGCGCGGCGGCCGCGGCCGCGGAGGCGGUGCUGGCCGCCUGCGGGGGCGGCUUCGGCGGCGUGACUGUGAGCCGGUCGCGGGAGGUGCGCGUGGGGCCGGCCACCUUCUACAACGCGCCCAUCCACAUCGAGCACCUGGUGCUGGGGGACCAGACGCAGCCACCGGCCGCGGACGUCCUGGCGCUCGGCCUGCCAGCGCAGCAGCCGCAGCUCAGCAGCCUGAGUAAUGUCAAGCCGCACAGCGCGCUGUGUCCGUGGCUGGGCAGCCCCGGAGAGCCCCACUGGAGGCUGCUGCUGUGUGUGGCGAGCGCCGUCGCCGCGGCCGCCACGAUCGCCAUCCUGGUCGUCAUCCUCCGGCGCAGCGACGGCAAUGCCGUGGACACCCGCCCUGCUAGACCUCCGCAAAACCCGAGCGGCAACCUGACGGUGAUCGCCGAGAGCGAGUGGUCGUCGCAGGACAUCCGCGACCGGCGCGUCGGCCUGCCGCUGCCCGUGCGGUACGUGAUCGUGAGCCACACGUUCUCGGAGGAGUGCGCCGUCUACGAGGAGUGCGUGCAGCUGCUGCGCGACCUGCAGCGGCUGCACGUGUCGGCGCGCGGCUACUACGACAUCGCGUACAACUUCGUGGUGGGCGGCGACGGCUACGUGUACGAGGGCCGCGGCUGGAACUACACGGCCGAGAGGCUGCAGCCCUUUACCGACAACAGCGUCACGCUGAGCCUGGCGGGCCGCUUCACGCAGGGCCUGCGGCCGCCCUCUGACCUGCAGAUGGCGGCGCUGCGGGCGCUGAUCCAGGAGGGCGUGCGCCGGGGCGCCGUCAGCGAAGAGUACCGCCUGUUCGCGCUCUGCCAGGUCGAGUACAACCAGAGCCCCGGCAGCCUCGCCUACCGGCUGGUCAAGAAGCUGCCGCACUGGUCGCUCUACAGCGGCGCCGCCCACGGCGGCAACUGCACCAGCUAGGGACCGCUUGCUGCAUGUGGGUUCCCUCAUACUUAUCAUUAGCGGCAGUAAUAUUCCAUCUGGAAGUGCCAUUGGUUAUAACAUGUGCAGUAUCUGUCCCUUCAAAAUCUUUUUGUAUGCUAGGAAAUAAACAAGCAAUUAUCUGUUCCGAGGAAGAAUACGAUCGCUAUCCCUCCUCGCAGAAAUUUAAGCUGUCCUCUUAGGUUCCUGCCUAACCACACACUCGAAAAUCACCAAAUAUUAGGAAAUUGAAAGAAAAAUAUUUGUGACAAGAAACAGUCUGAAUUUUACUGCUUAUCAUUUUAGUCGCAGCAAUUUAAGCUGACCAUUUAGGUUCCUGCCUAACCACUCACAGGGAAAUAGACACAUAUUCGGAAAUAAACAGCCAAAUAUUCCAGAAUGAGAUUUUCACUCUGCAGCGAAGUGUGCGCUGAUAUGAAACUUCCUGGCAGAUUAAAACUGUGUGCUGGACCGGGACUCGAACUCGGGACAUUUGCCUUUCGCGGGCAAGUGCUCCAUCAACGUUUUUUUUUUUUAACCUCAUUUUGAUCGUUACAGUUUGUUCUAUGUGUUCGAGGUGGACGUCCUAUGACGUCUGUUCAAGUUCUUCGUUGAUCCAUUAACUCAGUUUUUUUUUUUAUUGCAGAGGGCAGCUAACCCUCUGACCGAACACGCUGAGCUACCGUGCCGGCGACGAACUAAGCUACCCAAGCACGACUCACGCCCCAUUCUCACAGCUUUACUUCCGGCAGUACCUCGUCUCCUACCUUCCAAACUUAACAGAAGCUCUCCUGCGAACCAUGCAGGACUGGUACUCCUGAAAGUUUGGAAGGUAGGAGACGAGGUACUGGCGGAAGUACGGCUGUGAGGAAGGGGCGUGAGUCGUGCUUGGGUAGCUCAGUUGAUGCCGGCACGGUUGCUCAGCGUGUUCGAUCAGAGGGUUAGCUGCCCUCUGUAAUAAAAAAACUGAGUUAAUGGAUCAACGAUGAACUGAAACGGCUGUCUUGCGACGUCCGCCCCGAGCAGAUACAACGAACAAAAAGGAAUAAAUUAAUUUAAAAAAAGUUGGUAGAGCACUUGCCCGCGAAAGGCAAAGGUCCCGCGUUCGAGUCUCGGUCCGGCACACAGUUUUAAUCUGCCAGGAAGUUUCAGCCAAAUAUUUAUUUUAUCCCUCAGGUUAUAAUCAGACGAAAAUGUAAAUAUCAUUGAAUAUUGGAGUGCCGAGCACUGUUGGCAUGCGGCAUGCCCUCAGUGCUUGUGAGGCAACCUGAGGAGCUACUUGAUUGAGAAGUAGCAGCUCUGGUCUCAGAAACUGACAUACGGCCGGGCAUGUGAUCAGCACACUACUCUCCCGGCCGUAUGUCAGUUUCUGAGAUCAAACGACGCGAAAUGUGUUACGUUACUUUGAGAUGCAAACAAAUUCCUCAUUAGAUAAUGAUGUUUGCUUGAUAAAGUGUGUUAUUUGUCAGAGCUCUCUUCAUAUUCUGACUAGAAGGGAACAUACUUAUCAGUCAAAAUGUCUGAUACUUGGACUGUUUUCUUUUAUAAGACUUUCAUUUAACCAUGAAAAUACGUUAGUCCUCAUGAUUUACCAUCUUAUUAUUGUUGUAAACUAAAUUUUGAAUCUAUAUUUUUAAAUAUGGUUCAUCUGAAAGUUGUAUGGGCAUGACUAUAUAGAUAUGAUCGCUAAUGUUUAUUUACCCUGCUCCAUAGCCAAGGUCACAAACACAUGCCUUUGUGGUGGUGCUCAACUUGCAGAUAAGUUGGUUCAAAUUCUGAUGGCAGAAAAUGUUCCCUACCAGUAACUGGCCAGCAGGGAAAGAAGAGACAGUGGCAUAAAGUUUAUGAUCACCAGACCUUGUGCUAAUGUCCCAGAUUACAUGCCAAACCUCUCUGCAGUGUGGGCAUAUGACAUUGUUGAUUGUGAACCAUCCAUCAGAUGGGGAUGUUAAACUUGUUGGUCACCUUGUUACUAUUCAGUGGGAGUAGUCUAUGUGUCAGACCUGGGUUUCACCAUCUCCCUUCCCCUCACCCUAACAACAGAAACACAACAAAACACAAUACUACACACUUGACACUUCAUAACAAGUCAGAGGAAGGCAACAGCAAACCAUCUUGCAGCAGUCCCACGUUUACGUUCGACCUCCAGCAGAACUCUAAAAUCAGCGAAAAUGGAGGACAUGGGCAAAGACUGUGGAUCAGUGGUGCUACGUGGGAAUUUGAGUCAGAUGCCGAUGUAGUUCGCAUCUUUGUGGUAAACUGCUCAGAAGAUCCUGAGAUCAAGUCCCAGUCCAGCACACAUUUUAACUUUAUGCUGCUGAUUCCACACAAAGUCCCAAUGCACCUGAUAUCAUUAUCAUUAGUUCCUUCCUUUUCCUUUCCUUCCUCCCACCUUAAAUUUACAUAAAAGAAGUUUAAUAUAUUUUCUUAUUCAAUUUUGAAAUGAUAGCAUACACUUUAUGUCUGCUACAGUCUUUUUCUGAAAUUACAAAAAUCGUGUCACAAAAAUAAUGUUUUCCCAAAUCUAGUGACCUGUUUUAAGGUAUACCAUGGUCAUGUACCUAGGAACAAAUAUUCAAGUUUAGAAGUGUUCCAAAUGAGAAAAUGUUGUCAAUACUGUAUUUGAUAGUCCAUGUUUUAUGUUAUUACCCUACUAUGCACCAAUAAUUAGUAUGUGAAAUCGAAUGAAGAAGUAGUGUUUUCAAAAUCCAGUUACAAGUAAAAAUAUUUAGAAAUAGAAGUUAUUGGUGAGUAACAUAGAUUUCCAUUUUCAAGACAGUGUAAAUUGUUAAGACAUUAAAGACACUCAGCUCAUUAGCAUGUAUCACAUUUUCUAUGGUAGAAGACCUUCUUCUGUUCCAAGCAAUGAACAACAAAGUAUGCUCAACCUUCCACACUUUAUGUAACUACGUUCAAAAAUGUACAGAAUUUUACUCACCAUACAACUUUUAAACUGAAGAAUUAACAAUACCCUUCAAACAGCUUUAAUAUUUUAUAAAGCACCUAAAUAUGUAGAGGUCUUAUUAUUAACAAACACUGG